UCCGAGCACAAACCAGGAAGUGUAUCAGUCGCUGUUGUUUGUGUUCGUCGGUGGCUAAUCGACGGUCUUUUUUCUGACUUAAAAUAGAAAUUUCGCGGGCCGAAAUGGCAACGUUUAUUUCAGUCCCGUUAAAGAAGGCUUCCGAAGUGGAUCUGGUGAAACCGCUGUCGAAAUUCGUAACUGUGUCGUACCCAGCAGGCGAGGAGCAGUCGGAGUAUAUCCGCGCCGUGGAGGAGUUGAACAAGCUCCGCAAGAACGCGUUGGGAAGGCCGCUGGACAAACACGAGAGCUCCCUUGAGAUCCUGCUCAGAUACUACGAUCAGCUGUGUUCUGUUGAGCCCAAGUUUCCCUUCUCUGAAAAUGAGCUCUGCUUAACCUUCACAUGGAAGGAUGCAUUUGAUAAAGGAUCACUGUUCGGUGGCUCAGUCAAGCUCGCUUUGGCCAGUCUGGGCUAUGAGAAGACGUGUGUGCUGUUCAACGCAGCAGCUUUGGCCAGUCAGAUUGCCUCCGAGCAGAAUCUGGACAACGAUGAGGGACUAAAGGCUGCAGCCAAAUACUAUCAGCUGGCCAGUGGUGCUUUUGGCCACAUUAAGGACACAGUCCUGUCUGCAUUGAACAGGGAGCCCACCAUGGACAUUUCCCCUGAGACUGUGGGGACCCUCAGCCUCAUCAUGCUGGCCCAGGCCCAGGAGGUCUUCUUCCUUAAAGCCACCUCAGAUAAGAUGAAGGAUGCUGUCAUUGCAAAGCUGGCCAAUCAGGCGGCAGAUUUCUAUGGUGACGCCUUCAAGCAGUGCCAGUACAAAGACAACCUUCCCAAGUAUUUUUAUUUUCAGGAAGUGCUGCCAGUGCUGGCGGCCAAGCACUGCAUCAUGCAGGCCAACGCCGAGCUUCACCAGAGCAUCCUGGCUAAACAGAAGAAGCGGUUUGGAGAGGAGAUCGCUCGCCUGCAGCACGCAGCAGAGCUGGUUAAAACAGUCGCCUCUCGUUAUGACGAAUACGUGAGUGUGAAGGACUUGAGUGACAAGAUCAACCGAGCCCUCACCGCAGCCAAAAAAGACAACGACUUCAUCUACCACGACCGGGUUCCUGAGGUCAAGGACCUGGACCACAUCGGCAAAGCGGCGCUGGUCAAAGCCACAGCCAUUACACCUCCACUCAGCCAGAAAUUUACAGACUUGUUUGAGAAGAUGGUUCCCAUGGCAGUGCAACAGUCCAUGAGCAUUUACAACCAGAGGAAGAAUGAGACUGUUAACAGACUAGUGGGAACCAUGAGGGAGGCCACCAAUCUUUGCAACGGGGUUUUGGCGUCUCUAAACCUGCCAGCUGCUUUAGAAGAUCUGUCAGGAGACUCUAUCCCACAGUCCAUCGCCGAGAAGGCCCGCAAUAUCGUCCAGCAAGGCGGUCUGCAGAGCAUCGAACAGCUGAUCAAAGACCUGCCUGAGCUACUGACCCGCAACAGAGAGAUCCUGGACGAGUCUCUGAAGAUGCUGGAUGAUGAAGAGACGACAGACAACGAGCUGAGAGGCAAAUUUAACCAACGCUGGAACAGAACCCCCUCUGGAGAACUCUACAAGCCUCUUCGUGCAGAGGGUGCUAACUUCCGCAACAUUUUGGACAAAGCGGUGCAGGCAGACCAGGUGGUGCGGGACCGCUACAACACCCACUGUGACAUGAUCGCCCUGCUGUGUAAACCAGAGAACGAGCUGAACGCUGCCAUCCCUUCUGCCAACCCCACCAAGACUCUGCAGGGUAGCGAGGUAGUGAACGUGCUGCGCUCCCAGCUCACCCAGCUGGAUGAGAUGAAGGCAGAGAGGGAGACCCUGGAAGGAGAGAUCAAGGCUGUGACCUUUGACAUGUCCGUCACCUUCCUGACGGCACUAGCCCAGGACGGCGCCAUAAACGAAGAGCAGCUCUCUCUCUCCCAGCUGGACCAGCUGUAUGGGGCCUAUAACCAGAGAGUACAGGCCAGCCUCCGCAAACAGGAGGAGCUGCUGGGACAGGUCCAGACCUCCCACCAGGAGUUCAGCGGUUUGAAGCAGUCCAACACAGAGGCCAACCAGAGGGAGGAGGUCCUGAAGAAGCUGGCUUCAGCUCACGACAGCUACGUUGAGAUCAGCAGCAACCUUCGCGAAGGCACCAAGUUCUACAACGACUUGACAGAAAUCCUGCUUAAGUUCCAGAACAAAUGCAGCGACAUCGUUUUCGCUCGCAAGACAGAGCGUGAUGAACUGCUUAAAGAGCUGCAGCAGAGCAUUGCACGAGAGCCCAGCGCUCCUUCCUUUAGCGUCCCUGCAUAUCAGAGCACUCCUGCUGCCCCCGCUGCCGGCCCCACCCCUGCACCCAGGACUGUCUUUGAUUUCAUCAGUCAUCCUCAACCACCUCCACAGCAGCCCCAGGCGAAGCCCACGCCGCCAGCCAGACCCCCACCACCCAGCGUCACCCCACAGGCCGCUACCGCCACCACUCCCGCCAACAUACCACCCUCUGUCCCUCCUACCAGUAACCCACCACCUAUGGCCCCGCCCACACAGGCCCAGGGACCACCGUACCCCACCUACCAGGGCUACCCAGGGUACUUCCAGAUGCCUAUGGGCUACAAUCCAUACGCCUAUGGUCAGUUCAACAUGUCCUACAUGCCCUACCAGGCAACCCCAGGACAAGGAGGAUACCCAGGAGCCCCCCCAGCUGGACAGCCCUACCCCGGCUACCCCCAACAACCCCCCCAGCAGCAGCCCUACUACCCCCAGCAAUAGCUCUGCCCUCCAUCCCCCACCUCCUGGUUUCUCUUCUCAUAUGUUAACACCAAAUAAAAACACCCCCAGCAAUAACAGCUUAUCUCCAUCGACCUCCUCCCCCUCUCGUCCUUUCUUUUUUUCUCCUCCACUAAUAGCAGCCGUAGAAAGCCACAUGAAGGGCGACCUCAGAGCUGCUUUGCACUUCUCCCUGAAACCUUUUAUUACUUUGCCAUCCUUGUUUCAUCUCGUCCUAUCCUCUAAUCUCCAGAUCUGUUUGUUUAGAUUUUUUUUUUUUUUUUGCCCUUGUUCUUCUCAUAGUUCAUCGAUACACUAACCGCCUCCCUUUUCUGCUUGUCAUUUUUUAUGCCUUCCUUUUCUAAUGGUUUUGUUAACGGUUUAAUUUAAAACCUAACUGGUUUCAAUCACAACUGACUCUUUUUCCGGCUGGACUGCUGUACAACACUUGCGGAGGCACAGAGAAGAGGGUGGGCUAAAAGCACAUUUUCUGGUUUGGAAGUGUGUCCAACGGGUGGAUGGUGGUCAUUAUUUGUCAUGAUGCCAGUGAUUGGAGCCACAUCCUCACUCUCCCACCGAGUCAACCCUCUGUGCUUCUUCAGCAACUAUAUUCCUAUUUUUGUAAUGAAUACUGAUGCCUCGAUGAUGUACAAACCUAUAAAAAGGAAUGGUCUGUAGGUUUUAUAAAGUAGAUGAUGAUGAUGACUGUUGAGAGUCUUUUCUCUUUAGCUCUUUUCUCUUUUCUCUCACCCAGGGAAUGUUGGUAUAUUUCUGUGUUACAAUCAGAGGCUGUAAAAGUGAGAGAAAUUGUUCUAUUAUAUAAAUAUAUGUAUAAAUAAGACUCUGUAUGUGGUUAACCGAACACUCUGUGUGCUGCACUCUCAUGCUCUUUGUGUUUAUUUUUAUUCCUCAGCUCUAAUGUGAUUAAAAACAACAACUGCCAGCCAGGA